AUGUCUGUGGCAAUUGCAAUAGCAUUGUCUGCUCAACUACUUCUCGGUCAACCUGUGAUGGUUAAACCUUUAGAGGCUGAAAAGAACCUUGUUCAGCCCACUACUUCUGGUGCAAGCGCAGACAGAUGUUUGAAUUUUGAACCUUUUGGACCUGUGGAGCUUGUGCAACUACCACUUGACCUUGAGAUUGGGCAGUGCAAAGGUUUUGGGUUUGUUCAGGUGGAUCGACGACAAGGGAAGAGGCCGCUUCCGUCCGAUCAUGAAUCGGAAGCGAAAGAGGAAGCCGCCGACCAUCAGUUCUACGCGGCUAGGUGUCAACAAGAGACCAGUGCCAUGGUUCAAGCCCUAACUCAAGUUAUUGCCAACGAUAACAAUCCACUGCUUCUUGAACUUGAUCGAUAUGAUCAAGAUCAAUCUCAGCAUCAACAAGCUCAACCUCAAGGGAAGGUGAGGGGAAUGCAGUAUAGAGGUGUUAGGAAAAGGCCAUGGGGCAAAUGGGCGGCUGAAAUAAGAGAUCCGAACAAGGCUUCUCGCGUCUGGCUCGGAACCUUCGCAACCGCCGAAGCGGCCGCCUUAGCCUACGACGAAGCUGCUCUUAGGUUUAAAGGAAGCAAAGCCAAGCUUAACUUCCCCGAAAGAGUUCGUCGGAAACCCGAAUCCGGUUGUCUCACAACUAGCCACGAAGUCGAACCAGAGCCGCUGCCGCUAUCUUUACUUCCUCCACCACCACCAUUUUCUGAUCAGUACGCACAGCCACAGCUUCUUGGCUCCGGAAGCAAUGGUUUUAACUAUGGUUUAUCAGGUGGUGAAUAUGGUGGAGCUGUCAGCACAACAUUUACUUCAUUAUCCACAACCCUAUCUUCAUCUUCUACAAUGUCAACAUCUCGACAGCAACUACAACAAGACGAAUUGGAGUUCGGUGGCUCAUCUCCGAGUUCGGAUUCUGCUAAAGACAAGGGCGAGAAUUAUGAUUAUUACUACUCAAUAAAAUAGUAUAAUUGAUUGCAGGUUUGCUUCUUAAUUUUGGAGACAUUGAACUGAUCAAAAUGAUCUUCUGGAUGUCU